GGACGCGCCGCGGCCGCUGCCGGGCCCUCGGUGCCGCCGGCGGCUCCUUCUGCUCCUGCCGCUCCUUCCUCCUCCUCCUUCUUCUCCUCCUCCUCCUCCUCCGGGCCCGCCCCGUGUCCCGCAGCGCGAGUGACGCGCCGGGCCCACGAUCUGGGAGCAGGAUGGUCCACGCCGAGGCCUUCUCGCGGCCCCUGAGCCGGAACGAGGUGGUGGGGCUGAUCUUCCGCCUGACCAUCUUCGGGGCCGUCACCUAUUUCACCAUCAAGUGGAUGGUUGAUGCCAUUGAUCCCACCAGGAAGCAGAAAGUAGAAGCUCAGAAGCAGGCUGAAAAACUAAUGAAGCAAAUUGGAGUGAAAAAUGUCAAGCUGACAGAAUAUGAAAUGAGCAUUGCUGCACAUCUCGUGGACCCCCUUAGCAUGCAUGUCACCUGGAGUGAUAUUGCAGGCUUGGAUGAUGUCAUUACAGAUCUGAAAGACACUGUCAUUUUGCCCAUCAAGAAGAAAUAUUUGUUUGAGAAUUCCAGGCUCUUACAGCCCCCAAAAGGAGUCCUUCUCUAUGGCCCCCCUGGUUGUGGCAAAACCCUGAUUGCCAAAGCUACAGCCAAGGAAGCAGGUUGCAGGUUUAUCAACCUCCAGCCUUCCACGCUGACAGACAAGUGGUAUGGAGAGUCCCAAAAACUGGCUGCUGCUGUCUUCUCCCUGGCUAUAAAGCUCCAACCAUCCAUCAUCUUCAUUGAUGAAAUAGAUUCCUUCCUACGGAACCGGUCGAGCACUGACCACGAAGCCACAGCCAUGAUGAAAGCUCAGUUCAUGAGCCUCUGGGAUGGGCUGGACACUGACUAUAACUGCCAGGUGAUCGUGAUGGGAGCCACCAACCGCCCCCAGGACCUGGACUCGGCCAUCAUGAGGAGAAUGCCCACCCGCUUCCACAUCAACCAGCCUGCUCUGAAGCAAAGAGAAGCCAUACUGAAGCUCAUCCUGAAAAAUGAAAAUGUGGACAGGCACGUGGACCUCCUGCAGAUCGCCAAGGAGACGGACGGGUUCUCGGGCAGCGACCUGAAGGAGAUGUGCCGGGACGCGGCGCUGCUCUGCGUGCGGGAGUACGUCAACAAUGCCUGCGAGGAGGACACGUACGUGCCUCACCCUCCCGGCCCCUGCCCAGCCUUGCCUUUGUGUGCUCUCAUUGGAAUCAGGAAUUUACAGGGGGUUCGACCCCCUCGCAGUGCGGGAGGGUCUCGUUUGCCUUUCCAAAACCCGCCCAACUUUCAAAACCAAAGUUACCAUUAUUGAUUUUGCCUCUGGAAAUAAGAGUGUUUGUGCUAAGGCGCCAGGCUGGAGAUGGCAUGAGCCAACAAGUCGUGGUGCUGCACUAUCUAGUACUAGGGUUCAGUGCUGGUGACACGGUGCUGCAACGUUCCUCUGGGAUCUCCCACACAUACA